UCAUUAAUCUAAUAAUUAUUGUCAUUAUUCUGGUUGAUUUCUAGCCCCAAAAAUAAAGGUGUUAUUCCCAUUCCUAUUCCUAUUCCUAUUCCGGGGACUGAAUUCUGGUUUCCAAUCGAUUCUUCCUUCCUUGGCUUUCAGAGACUUACGUUUUGAUUUGCUCUUUUUCUUCUUUCCAUGAUUUUCAUCAGUAAAUGGAAGGAAAAGAUUCCCAUGCAAAUGGCAACUUGUCAGCGGAGUUUGAAGGUGAAUUGGAAGGAAGGCAGCACUGUGAAUCUUUUGAAAUGUCGCAGGUCCCAAGGACAGAUGGUUUGGGUGGGCCUUUCAUGAUGCCCCUCUUACCAGCUCCAAAUGUGGAUCAGUUUAAUUCAAAGGCAUCUGUUGUCUUGACUGGAACAGCUGCAAGAGGGGGAACUGGGCCAGCUGUUGGAGCUGUGGACAUUGGAGUCGGCAAAUCUGCAUAUUUUUUUCGGGUUGCUCUGCCUGGGGUCAGGAAGGAUCCAGGUCAGUUCAGCUGUGCGAUUGAAUGUGAUGGAAAGGUCCACUUACGAGGUGUGACAACGACAGGUGGAAGAACUGUUUUUAGACAUUCUCGUGUUUAUGAAAUGAAAUUCCAGCAACAAUGCCCACCCGGACCAUUCACACUUUCUUUCAGUCUGCCAGGACCUGUUGAUCCAAGGCUUUUUUCACCCAUCUUCAAAUCUGAUGGAAUUCUUGAAGCUAUCGUCAUGAAAUAUGAGUAAUACAUCAUGUUAGGUAUAUGUUGGUUGAGUCUGUAGCCCGAUGUUGUUAGAGCAUAACCUAGUUAAACACUAUGGCAUACGUCUCUCUCUCUCUCUGUGAUCUGGGUGAACUACAAUGUGGUGUUUUAGAAAGUUGGUAAAAAGCUGAUUUUUUGACUUUUUGGAUUUUUUGGUGACUUUUUUGGCAAAAAAACUGGUUUUUUUUUGGCUGAAAAAAGUUAAAAAGCCAAAAAGCUGAUUUUUUUAGUUUCUUCCCAAAGUGCCCAAAUGUGGUUGCUGUCUUGACAGCCCAUUUCAAAAAAACAUCUGAGAUGUGUACAUAUUGUGUAUGCUGCUUGAUCUUAUGAAUGGUGUUCAUAUUUUAUGCAGAUGA